AUGCCAAACUCACUCCCUGGAGGCCUCCACCCAAGCAAUCGAAACGCCAUAGACUGGAAUUCAAAGGGUACGAUCGUCUACGGUUCACAUAACUUAUUAUUCGUCGUGGAUGCAUUCAGAUUUAAACGAGUUCAAACCAUCGAAUUGCAUACUACCGCCAUCGAUCGUGUAUGUAUAGCCAUAUUUUUAUCUUUUACUUCUUUUUUGAAUGAUCAUCGGAUCGCGUCAUCGGACAUCAGUGGCCAAAUCAUCAUAUCCGAGCCGAUCACAGCCACAAAAAAAUGCCAGUUUGCACACGCUGCCUCGAAUGUUCUCAAUAUGAAGUGGUUUGUAUGGAAAGAUAUGAGCAGAGAUUUCCUUCUGUCAUUACAUUCUGGUGACUGCCUUAUUCUGUGGAAUACGGAUAACGGCGAAAAGAUGUGGUCAGUAACUUAUACAACAUCACUCUUCGACAUGGCGCUUGAUCCUUUUAACUCCCAUCAUUCGCAUAUAUUUCACUUUUUCUUCAUUCUUUUAGUUUCCUCGGUUGGGUGUAAAAUAGCGUUAUGUUUUGACAUCAACCUCAACACCGUGCCCACAAAUUCUUGUAGAACUGUGUCUUUAUGCGAAGAUCAAGUGAAGUUGGCGUCUAGUGUUCAGAGCAUUGUUUUUCAUAAAGCAUUUCGGGAUAUCCUUUUUGUUGCGGAUCAUACCCAGGUUUACUGCUUUCAUACGGAACUGUUUGCUGUCCUUUUCUCCACAACUUUGGAGCCUAAUGUUAUUUCCUUGUUUUGCUGCUCCUCUCGUGAUGCAGUGUUCUCUGUACAAGCAAGUGGAAGCAUUACUUUAAGGAUAGGAACCUUUUCAGCGACUAAUGAAAGAGCUGGUGCCCAACUAGGUCUAGAGAAGGUGGUUCGUCUGGGUACGCAACAACGAGCAGUUAGUGCCGCACUUUGCCCAGUUACUCAAAAUUCUAUUGCGGUUGUGUUUAGCAGUGGAAAAUUGGUGUUGUGGCAGCUUACGUCAGAGGGAGCUCUUACACACGAUUACAGAAAUUCCUUCAUUGAGGAUAACCUGGCUUUUGGAAAGGAUUUGAACACUACCCCUGUGGGAACUCUUAGCAUUCAUCAAACCGCUUUCCUCGACGCGCUCUCAUCCGGAGUGUCCUGUCUACGUAUACGACCUAUGAAUGACUUUUCGAAAGGAGAUGAUUCAUUAGAUAAAAUUGCGUUUGAAUUCUCUCAUCUGAUUGCUGUUGGAUCGCAUUCUGGUAUCUUACACCUUGUCGAUGUCUUUACAUGUGACAUAAUUCGCGAGUUCACCAUUCAGUCGUCACCGAUCAAAUGCUUAGAAUGGGGAGGAGCAUAUACAGUGAUUACUUCUGGUUACAGUCAUUCACUGAGUACAGCCCAAGUAGUAAGAAACGAUUUAUUUGCUACUGAUAUUAGAACAGGAAUGAAACGCCGCAUCCGUCCAGAAGCUGAUGAGUCCCCGAUAACGUUAUUGCGGGUGUCCUUUUAUCAGUGCUACUUGGCUCUAGCCUUUCAACGUGAACCUUUGGAGAUCUGGGAUUUGAAGGAUUUUCGUCUUCUUCGUCGUAUGAGUAAGACGUGCCCAUUGAUAGUUGAUAUGGCGUGGUCAUGCAAACAUCAUGGAAUUAAAACUACCGAAGGAGGCGGUCUGAGUGUCUAUCGCGAGAACUUAGUAAUUCUAGAUUCAGACAAUCGCGUAUAUCACGUUGUGGUUAAAGGUUUACAUGUGAAGGAUGGUAAAGAAGUCAACACUCAGUUGAAAAGUGGUGGUUGGUCAAUCCGAACAAUGGCAUGGAAGGAUGAUAUUCUAGUAAUGGGGGACGCUGAAGGUCGUGUUGUGAUAUGGGAUCUUGGUCGACGACAGUCACGUGACAUUCGAGCUUCUCGCUUUCCAGUUGUACGUAUGACCUUUUCACGUCUAGCUGGUGAUCACACGCUUGCAAUUUUACACCCAAGAGAGUUGUCGUUAUGGGAUACCGAAGCCUUGACCCGUCAGCAUCAUGUAUCACUCGAUCCCUCACAGUCGGCACUGGAUAUGGAUUUAUGUGGCGUAUCACCAGUUCUUCUCACUAACGAUAAUGUUCUCCGAUAUGCUCCAGAUGUUUUGAAGAACUCACCAAUGUUGGAGAAAGGUUCUUUGAUGUUGAAAGAUUUUUUUACUUCUUUGUUUUUAGGUUUCGUCACGUUCAAAAGAGAAGGAUCUAGUGAUUAUCCCGUAUUGGCGAGGAUCAUAGCUAGAAAAGUGUCCUCAAAGUUGUCAUCUGGAGAUGCAGUAAACCUCUCUGCUUUAAAGAAUCAAAUGCUGUUGAACAGAUUUCUUGGUGACAUCUGCUUGUGUCAACUGUUAGCCACUGUAUGCUCGACAUUGUCGAAAGAUGAGCCACAACUUCCGCCUGAUUUACAAAUGUUUUGGCCAAAUCCUGUAUUUCGGGAACGAGAACUUCGAGUAACGUGUGCAGCAUGCAGUGCAACGAAUGUUGAAGAGGACAAAUUGGUAGAAAGGGCCGUGGUAGCUGGUGGGAAAGCCAAGGUUGAUCGCCUGAUUGGUUCAUCGGAUUUGCGUCAUGCAAGCUUAAAAGCUGCUCUUUUAGUAUCUAGUCAGGAUUGUGAGCAGGCACGUUCACUGAUCAAACUGAUCGCCACGAAUCUUAUUGCAUCAGAUUUGAUUGAAGAUGGUGUUGAGUUAUUGUUCCUAGUAAAUGCUGGUGGUGAUGCAUGUAAGUAUCUUCAAUCUCAACGUCAAUGGGAUAAAAGCAUCAUUUACGCUAAGAUGGGUUUAGAAGAUUCGGAAGAUGUGCACAACAAAUGGAUCAAUCAUCUGUCAUUUGAUGAUAAAACCCGUUUUAUGUUCGCUCAAGCUAGUCAUGGUGAAUGGUCACAGGUAGUGGAGUUACUGUCGAACUGUGGAUGCUCAGAUUUAGCGCGGCUUAUUCUCAAGGCGACCUCCUCACCCUCCUCAUCUCCGUUAAAUUCUAGAGCCGGCAAUAGUUCGCCUUCAUUUGAAAAUAACGUCCAGAUAGCGUCUCCAUUGAGUGACUGA